AUGGCAGAGCCACUUAGUCCGUCGACGAGUCUGUCCGCUGCGACGGCGACCUUUAAUGCAGACCUCGCGCCAACCUUACUCAACCUGCCUGCAGAAGUCCGACUCAACAUCUACGAAGAGCUGUUCAAGAAAGCAAAAGUCGAACUCAGCCUCGCGCACGGCCUCAAGUUGCACUAUCGUGACGACAGAAUCACUGCCAUCCUGUGGACUUGCCGCCUGUUGCGUGCAGAAGCUAUGCCGGUACUCCACGCCACAGCAUGUUUUCAUGCCGACGCGAAUGUUAUCGAAGUGCUUAACGACUUCCGUCAGGACUAUGGCGUACUUGCCGAUCGAAGCAGGUUCGCGAAUGUGGUAAUGCACAUACAAAUGUAUCGUCUGUCAGACAUUGUCGGUCUCGAGCACUGGAUCGCAACGUCUUAUGCGCUGCAAGACCUGGUCUGUCACAUACACGGGACGUUCUGGUCUCUCCUUCCACUUUUCGUCUCGAUCGAUACACUCCGUCAGUCUCAGGCAGUCCGUGAAGCGCUGCUAGGUGAUAUCAUAUCGCCUGCCAGAGAGAAUCGCGGUUGGUCACAUCUGUCGCAAAGUCUCACGCAGCUGUCGCAGAAGAUGAACGACCGGCACAACACGCGACCAAGGGUCAUGUGGUACUUUUCAUUCCACACGCUGCCAUUCAACACGCUGAAAGCGCGUGUCGACGUCGAAAACCUGCGACUGGAGCUCAAGCUGCGUGGCGAGUGGUUCUAUAUCUCGUAG